AUUCCAAAUCCCAACCAUGAAAAGAGAAUCACAAUCACCCAAUAAAUGGAAAAAGGAAAAAGCCAAAAAGGUAACACAAUAAUUCUCCCGCCAUCGCUCUUCUUCACCAAACAUCUCCAAAUCCAAAAACCCCCGCUCACCAUUUCCGUCUCAAUCUCUCUCUAAAACCUAGCUAUGCAGAUUCCGGUGAUUGAUCUCGCGCCAUACUUAGAAUUCUCCGGAGAACUGCCGAGCCGGGAUGGAGAGGAGUUCGAUUCCAACCUGAAGAUUUUGUGCUCGGAGGUCAGUCGUACCCUGAGGGAGACGGGAGCUUUACUUGUCAAAGAUCCCCGAUGUACUGCCGAAGACAACGAUCGGUUCCUCGAUAUGAUGGAAAAGUAUUUCGAAAUGCCUGAUGAUUUCAAGCGCCGACAAGAACGCCCGCAUCUCCAUUACCAGGUUGGAGUGACUCCUGAAGGAGUUGAAGUACCACGUAGUUUAGUGGAUGCAGAAAUGCAAGAGAAGCUAAGAGCAAUGCCCAUAGAAUUUCAACCAUCCACUCCCUCUGGGCCAGACCCUAAAUGGCGAUAUAUGUGGAGAGUUGGUCCACGGCCAUCAGAUACCCGGUUUAAGGAACUUAACUCAGAGCCUGUCAUACCUGAGGGGUUUCCCGAGUGGCAAGAAACAAUGGACUCAUGGGGAUAUAAAAUGAUAUCUGCAAUAGAGGCUGUUGCUGAAAUGGCUGCAGUUGGCUUUGGCCUGCAAAAGGACGCCUUCACUUCUCUUAUGAAGCAGGGACCACACCUACUUGCUCCAACGGGAAGCGAUCUGAGACGCCAUGGCAAAAUAGGCACUGUGUUUGCUGGAUAUCAUUAUGAUCUCAAUUUUCUUACAAUUCAUGGCAGGAGUAGAUUCCCAGGACUAAAUAUAUGGCUGAGAAAUGGGCAAAAAAUGGAGGUUAAAGUUCCUGUUGGAUGCCUCCUCAUUCAAACAGGAAAGGAGAUAGAGUGGUUGACCGCUGGAGAGUGCAUAGCUGGCAUGCAUGAAGUUGUUGUAACUGACCGCACAAUUGAUGCAAUAAAAUUAGCUUUGGAGCAAAACAGCAGCCUGUGGAGAGUAUCUUCAACGCUUUUUGCACACAUAGCAUCCGAUGCAGUGCUAAAACCUUUAAGCCACUUUGCGGACUCGCCUGUAGCCAGCAAGUACCCUGCCAUGUGUGCUGGGGAGUUUGUAGAACAGGAGCUUGCCGUUAUUAAUCUGAAAGGAAAUAGAGGAGAUGCCUGAAGAUUGUGUACCGUAUAAUUCCAUUUAUUUCUGAUUCGUUCAGACUGUUGCAUACAGUAACUAUUUCGAGGUACAUACAUUAAUUGGUGGCUCAUAGUUGUAAACAGAGCCAGCCAGGGUGCAUGCCUCUGUAUUUAUAAUUCAUGUUUAUCUCUAACCUGCUGUUAUAAUAUGCGUAAAGGUUGGUUGUUGGUAAUGCCAAAGCCACACAGAGAUUGAUAGAUUACCACC